CAACUGUCAAACGUCAAAUAUUUACUUAAACUCGCAAUAAAAUAAUUAAAAGUGAUGCAACAAUUAUUUUCAAAAUACAAAAGUGUUAAAAAAUGGGCGUUAAAAAUAUAUAUUUAUACUGCAUUCUGAUAUGCCUGCUACAUUAUGCAUCUUAUACCAAAACUGAAUCUAUUACCAACAAUUCUUUGGAAGAAUUGUACACAAACACUUCUGCCAAAACAGAUUCCAUUACUCUUUUAUCAAAAACCAGUCUACCGCCUGAUCAAAAUGCCACGAUUGAAAAUCCUGAUCCAGUGCUUCCUGAAAAGGGCUCCGCUGAACAAGAACAACACAGCUCGAUGUCUAUAUUCUUCGUGCUUUGUGUGCUGGCUUUAGGGAUUCUUUUAAUUCAUUUCAUGUUACAAACAGGGUUUCAGUAUUUACCUGAAAGUAUUGUUGUAGUUUUCUUAGGUGCUUUAAUCGGCUUGAUAAUUAAUUUAAUGUCGUCUAAAAAUAUUGCAAAUUGGAAGAAUGAAGAAGCCUUUUCACCCACAGCGUUUUUCUUAGUGCUUCUACCGCCUAUAAUAUUUGAAUCCGGGUAUAAUUUGCAUAAAGGUAAUUUUUUUCAAAAUAUUGGUUCCAUCCUGGUGUUUGCUAUAUUUGGAACAGCCAUAUCAGCCUUUGUUGUCGGUGCUGGUGUGUAUUUACUAGGAAUGGCAGAUGUUGCUUAUAACUUAAGCUUUGUUGAAUCCUUUGCUUUCGGUUCAUUAAUUUCUGCAGUAGACCCUGUAGCUACCGUAGCUAUUUUCCAUGCUUUAGACGUGGACCCAGUUUUAAACAUGUUGGUGUUCGGAGAAAGUAUUUUAAAUGAUGCUAUUUCAAUUGUUUUAACAACUGCAGUUUUGGAAUCCAACAAUCCUUUAAUGACGACUGCUGAAGCUGUAGUCUCCGGUUUAAAUAGGUUUUGUUUAAUGUUCUUUGCUUCGGCUGGUAUCGGUGUAGUCUUUGCCUUAAUUAGUGCUCUUUUGUUGAAACAUGUUGAUCUUAGAAAGUAUCCGUCCUUAGAGUUAGGUAUGAUGUUGGUGUUUACUUAUGCACCUUAUGUUUUGGCAGAAGGAAUUCAUUUAUCAGGUAUAAUGGCGAUAUUAUUCUGUGGCAUUGUGAUGUCCCAUUACACACAUUUCAAUUUAUCAACGGUUACACAAAUAACUAUGCAGCAGACGAUGAGAACUUUGGCUUUUAUUGCAGAAACUUGUGUGUUUGCUUAUUUAGGAAUGGCUAUAUUUAGUUUUCGUCACAGAGUGGAACCUGCCUUAGUUAUUUGGAGCAUUGUACUUUGCUUAAUUGGAAGAGCUGCAAAUAUAUUUCCUUUAUCCUGGCUUGUGAAUCAAUUUAGGGAGCACAAAAUCACUAAAAAGAUGGCAUUUAUCAUGUGGUUCAGUGGUUUGCGAGGUGCCAUAUCAUAUGCACUUUCCUUACAUUUAGAAUUUUCUGAUGAAACACGUCAUGUAAUAAUUACAACGACACUUAUAAUUGUACUUUGCACAACACUUAUAUUCGGGGGUGCUACGAUGCCUUUGCUGAAAUUUUUGCAGGCGAACAAGAAGACCCGUUCAGCCACAAGACGUACAAGACGUCAGCAAAAAGCAAUAACAUUAAGCAAAACCCGAGAAUGGGGAUCAGCAAUCGAUUCAGAACUACUAAGUGAAUUAACAACCGAAGAAGAACGUGACGUCACAUUCACCCAAGUAAGACGAGGCCUAGAAUUCAUACGACUGGACCACAAAUACUUGAGACCGUUUUUCACUCGAAGAUUCACCCACCAGGAAUUGAAGGAUUGCAAAAGCCAAAUGACGGAUCUUACGAAUAAAUGGUAUCAGACUAUACGAGUUAGUCCUCAGAUGAGCGAUGAUGAUGACGUUAGUACGUGCAGUACUUAAUUUAAAUUUAAUGCUAAUUGACCAAAAGUGUUAUGUGAUAUAUAACAGAGUUACCUGUAUUUUAAUUUAUGUUUUAAGUUUUAAGAUAAGUGCAGA